UUCAAUACCGGAGAGUGCGGUCUGACCGAGUUCAAGAAAUGUUGUCCAUUCCUAUAAAUAAGUUUGGCCGUGAUUUUAUAUUAAAAAAUCAAAUUCCGGCAAUCAUACAAGCAAGACUCGGACAUACAUUGCGGGGGAAGGCUCCAGGUGUUGCGCGGAGCAUAGAACAACGGCUGCGAGAUGACAAUCCUGUUGAUGAGGAGGUCGUGAAACCAGUGAAUAUUGGGUUCCCGAAACUCAGGGCACCUCGUUCAGUGGAACUCAAGGAACGUAUUAAGCUUGAGAAACAGAAGAGGCAAAAUGUUGAGUUGGAGAAGAAAGCGACGAGUAACACUUUGCAAAUCGACCUGGAUCAAGUGCGAGCAGAUAGCUUGAAGUCUAACCGCCAACAUCAAUUAGUGGAUUUGAUUCAUCAUUUCGGCAUUUACAAGGAUUUGUUUGGCGCUGCUUACUUCGUGCCCAGGGUACCCCUCGAUAUUCAGUUUACAAUUUCGGAGGACAAGGCCCUGCCAGUCUAUUUUGGAAACUUAAUUUCACCGACCGAAGCAUCAAAACCACCGAAAGUUCAGUUUGAUGCGUCGACGGACAUUAUUACUGGGCAGAAAACAAAUGAACAAUCCUUUUGGACUUUGAUUGCUACCAAUCCAGACGGACAUUUCUCCGGUGAAGAGAAAGAGUACAUUCACUGGUUCAUAUCAAAUAUUCCAAAUGGCGAAGUAGAAAAAGGCGAGGUAAUCGCGCCUUACAUUCAGCCGUUCCCUCCGAAGGGUCUUGGCUACCAGCGGUUUAUCUUCAUUCUCUACAAGCAGAACAAAAAGCUCGAUUUCACCUCAUACAAAGUGGAGAAACUAAACGAUCUAACGAAGCGAACAUUCAGUACCCAUGACUUCUAUAAAAAGUAUGAAGCAGAUAUAACACCAGCUGGACUGGCAUUUUUCCAAUCCACAUGGGAUAAGAACAUCACUGAAUUCUACCACAAAGUUUUAGGAAUGAAAGAACCAAGUUACGAAUAUGACUUCCCCAAACCAUUCUUACGAGACCCAGAGUGGUUCCCGCUGAGACAACCGUUCAAUUUGUAUUUAGACAAGCAUCGUGAUCAGAAAGAGGUAAAUAAGGACUACUUGAAAAAAGUUCUAGCAACAACACAUCCGUUCAAAGGACCUGAACCACCACUCAAGUUCCCGAACGCACAUCCUAUUAGAGGCGUUCCCUCUUGGCUCAAAACGGAGAUUAAGAAGGAUCGUUUGAAGAUAGGAAGAAUCAAUGAUUAUUAAUAGUUAUAGCAAGAAUUUUACAAAUAUAUCUUUAUUAG